CAGCUGCUGCUCCCAAUUUUACAUCUGUGCGCAUAGCACAGCCAUGCAAAGCAGUGUGCUUACAGUGAAGCACACAGAAAACAGUCCCCAAGUAAAACACACACCGCACACAGUUAACCCUUUGAUCGACCCACAUGUUAACCCCUUCCUGUCCAGUGCCAUUAGUACAGUGUCAGUGCUUUUUAUUAGCACUGAUCACUGUAUUGGUGUCACUGGGGAUGUCAGUGAUACCAAGUCAGUUCCCCCCACAGUGUCAGAAUGCCCGCCGCAGUCCCGCUAU